AUGGACCUGGGCCCAGGGGCCGAGUCAGGAGAGGGGCCGCCCGCGCCCCGACCCCGCCGCCGCCGCUCCCUGCGCCGCCUGUUCAGCCGCUUCCUGCUGGCGCUGGGCAGCCACUCCCGCCCCGGAGACUCGCCGCCGCGGCCGCAGCCCCAGCCCCAGCCGGGACGCUGCGAUGGCGACGGUGAGGGGGGCUUUGCUUGCACCCCGGGCCCAUCUCCAGUCGCCCCGGGGAGCCCGGGGGAGGAGCGCCCGCCCAGACCCCAGCCCCAGUUCUCCGCCGGCGACUGGGCGCGGCCGCCGGGCGCGCAGGGUUUGAAGAAUCAUGGCAACACCUGUUUCAUGAACGCCGUGGUGCAGUGUCUCAGCAACACCGACCUGCUGGCCGAGUUCCUGGCGCUGGGGCGCUACCGGGCGGCGCCCGGCCGCGCCGAGGUCACCGAGCAGCUGGCGGCGCUGGUGCGCGCGCUCUGGACGCGCGAAUACACGCCGCAACUUUCCGCCCAGUUCAAGAAUGCUGUCUCCAAGUACGGAUCUCAGUUCCAAGGCAAUUCCCAGCAUGAUGCCUUGGAGUUCCUGCUCUGGUUACUGGAUCGUGUGCACGAGGACUUGGAGGGGUCGUCCCCGGGGCCAGCGUCUGAGAAGCUUCAGCCUGAAGUCAAUAAAACCUCUGAGAAUCUCCUGUCCCCAUCAGCUAAGCUGUCACCUGGCCAAAGCUUUGUGCAAAGCCACUUUCAAGCACAGUAUAGAUCUUCCUUGACCUGUCCUCACUGCCUGAAACAGAGCAACACCUUCGAUCCCUUCCUGUGUGUGUCACUCCCCAUCCCCUUGCGCCAGACAAGAUUCUUGAGUGUCACCUUGGUCUUCCCCUCUAAGAGCCAGAGGUUCUUGAGGGUUGGUCUGGCCGUGCCGAUCCUCAGCACAGUGGCAGCCCUGAGGAAGAUGGUGGCAGAGGAAGGCGGUGUCCCUACGGAUGAGGUGAUCUUGGUUGAACUGUAUCCCAGUGGAUUCCAGCGGUCUUUCUUUGAUGAGGAAGAUUUGAACACUAUUGCUGAGGGAGAUAACGUGUAUGCCUUUCAGGCUCCUCCAGCACUGGGCCAGGAGACACUCACAGCUCGUGCGCCUGCUCUGUCUGUCUCCCCGUGCUUGGCUGCCCGAGAGGGCCAGCGAUUGCCCCUGCCUGCCCGGAGUGAGAACAAGGUGCUAAUCCUCUUCUGUAACUUGGUGGGGUCAGGGCAGAAGGCUAGCAGGUUUGGGCCACCUUUUCUGAUCAGGGAAGACAGAGCCAUUUCCUGGCCCCAGCUCCAGCUGUGCAUUCUCAGCAAGGUCCGCUAUCUCAUGAGGAGUGAGGCCCCCGUACAGAAUCUGGGGUCACUGUUUUCCAUCCGGGUUGUGGGGCUCUCUGUGUCCUGCAGCUACUUGUCCCCACAGGACAGCCGGCCCCUCUGCCACUGGGCAGUUGACAGAGCUUUGCACCUCAGGAAGCCCGGAGGCCCUCCACAUGUCAAACUAGCCGUGGAGUGGGACAGUUGCUUCAAGGAGCGCCUGUUCGGAAGCCUCCAGGAGGAGCGUGUCCAGGAUGCGGACAGCGUGUGGCGGCAGCAGCAGGCGCACCAGCAGCACAGCUGCACCUUACACGAAUGUUUUCAGUUCUACACCAAGGAAGAGCAGCUGGCCCAGGAUGACGCCUGGAAAUGCCCCCACUGCAAAGCCCUGCAGCAGGGCAUGGUGAAGCUGAGCCUCUGGACCCUACCCGACAUCCUCAUCAUCCACCUCAAGAGGUUCUGCCAAGUGGGUGAGAGAAGAAACAAGCUCUCCACGCUGGUGAAGUUUCCACUCUCUGGCCUGGACAUGGCUCCCCACGUGGCGCAGAGAAGUACCAGCACCCCACCCACUCAGGGCCCCUGGCCUUCUUGGAAGCAGCCAGCCUGCCUGCCCUCCACCUACCCACUGAACUUCCUGUAUGACUUGUAUGCCGUCUGCAACCACCACGGCAGUCUGCAAGGUGGGCAUUACACAGCCUACUGCCGGAACUCCCUGGAUGGUCAGUGGUACAGUUAUGAUGACAGCACAGUGGAACCACUUCUAGAAGAUGAGGUCAAUACCCGAGGGGCUUACAUCCUCUUUUAUCAGAAACGGAACAGCAUCCCUCCCUGGUCAGCCAGCAGCUCCAUGAGAGGUUCCACCAGCUCUUCCUUGUCUGACCACUGGCUGCUGAGACUCGGGAGCAGCGACUGCAGUGCCCGGGGAAGCAUGCGGUCCUGGAGCUCGGCCCCUGGCACCACCCACCCUCAGGCUCCCGACUCUCCUGUUUUCACAGAUGGUAUCUCUAGUCAGGCAAAAGGAGGCUUAGGACCCACGCCUCUGGUUCGGGGUGUACGAGGCCGAAGCAUCAGCAUGAAGGCACCCACUCCUUCCCGAAUCACGCAUGGACCCUUUAAGACCAUGCCCCUCCGAUGGUCUUUUGGAACCAGAGAGAAGCCACUCGGCACAUCUGUGGGAUUAGUGGAGUACUUGGAGUCCAGACGGAGGCCUCGGUCCACGAGCCAGUCCAUUGUCCCGCUGUUGACAGGCGCUGCUGGUGGGGAUAAGUCAGCAGCGCUGAGCUCAACCCCCGCCUGUGCUGCUAAGGAGGAAGACAGUGGACAAGCUGGGGAGAGCACACUGGCCAGAAUGCCUGGCCCUUCUGGCUACUCCAGCCUCUGUGUGGCCCCUGGACACUCGGAUGGUCUUAACACAGUGAGGAAACUCAAGGAAAACUCAAGUCAGGAUAUCAGACUUCCCAAACAGUUUGAUCUGCCCCUCACAGUGAUGCCCUCGACUGAGAAUGAGAAAUGUAUGCGGCCAGAAGGCCAGAAGGCCACAAACUGCAAAAGCAACAGCAGGAUACCCUCCCCCAAGGUGAUGAGCUCUGUGGACUUAGCUCGGAACAGUGCAGAUAAUCACCGAUCUCCCUUAGCCAAGCUGAAGUCUAAUGCAGAGGGAAGGGACUCAGAGACAGACAGGUUACCACAAGGGACCCUCACCCUUCUGCGGUCUAUGUUUUGGAAGAAGGACAAGAGGAAUGGCCGGGCAGGGAUGGCUCCUCCAGUCUCCCUGGGGAGUGACAGGCUGGGCCCAGCAGUGGAUGAGCGGUCUCGCGGCUCAUCUCCUUUGCUCAGGGGUUUGGAGAGUCCGGCCAGGGGACCAUCCAGCCAUCUGGAGAGGGAUGUCUCGUCAGCACCCAGCUCUCUCCGCCUUGCUCGCAAAGCCAGCAGGCCCACAAAGGGCAGUGCCCUAAGCGCCUCACAAGACGGGCAGACUUCUCUUGGGACCUUGCAGAAAGUGAAAUACCAUACUCUUUCCUUACGUCGAAAGAAAACGUUACCGGAGUCCAGCUUUUGAUGUUACCCUAGGCUUGCGUGAAACUGGUGUUCACGUGACUCCGAAUUAUGCAACUGGAGGCAGUUUGUGUUGCCAGCAGACUUUUGGAUGCCAGUUGCUUUGUGAGCUCUCAAAAUAAAUUUGGUUUGGUCUUUGUAUCUAGACAGACUCCCAAUACCUUGUCCAAAUCCUUGUGAUACCUUCCUGUAUUGUUGGGUGCUCUUAUACUUCCAUGCCACCAGAGGGUGCUAUUGGCUCAGCAUUACCAUUUUAUGGGGGCGUCUAGUUAAGAGGGCUCUUCAGUUUCAAUUCAAAUAUUGUCGUUGACUUCCCCUUUCCAAACCUUAAAAAAUUUUAAAUAGUGGACUGAACAGGAAAAUAUUUUCUUUUAAGUGCUUCCCUGGGGUAAAGCAUUACAGAUGUCCCCCAAAUGGCAGUGACUAAAGGCAAGAUAAUUUGAGAGAGAGAGAGAGAGAGGUA